AUGGGUCUACAAAAUUCAAAGUCAUCGUUUGAGAAAAGCCGCUUCAAUCUAGUACACUCUCUCAUGAAUAUUGAAGUGAAAAAGAAGUACGAGUUCUUGGAGUCGAUAAGUGCAAUAAUGGACGCUCAUUUGAGAUACUUUAAACUGGGUUAUGACUUACUGAGCCAAAUGGAGCCUUAUAUUCACCAGGUGCUAACGUAUGCUCAACAAUCUAAAGAAGUGGCUAAUAUUGAGCAAGAUAAGCUUGCAAAACGGAUCCAGGAAUACAGGACACAGACAGAAGUUGAAAAUAUACCCAUGCCAGGUGCUGAUGGCACCCAUCCUGUAGGUUUGAAUUCUUACAAAAGCUUUGAAGCAGGAUGCAGUCUGCAACCAAAGAUUCAAACAGUUAAGCAAGGCUAUCUAUCAAAAGGACCCAAACCCGCGGGAUUUCAGUCAUAUAAUUAUAGUCGUUCUUCUGAACAAAAUAGUGGCAUGUUUGGUAGAUUCCGUUCAAGGCAUAGUAGGGCAGCGUCACUAAAUGAGGAUAUUUUGGGUUCUUGUACAGUUGAUCUGUGCACAUCCACUAUAAAGAUGGACGCAGAGGAUACUGAUCUACGACUUUGCUUCCGUAUCAUUUCUCCCUCAAAAACAUAUACACUGCAGGCUGAAAAUGAAGCUGAUAGAAUGGACUGGGUAAACAAAAUUACUGGAGCUAUCACCUCGCUUUUUAAUUUUCAGUUUCUUCAACAGCCUCAUUAUGGUAAAUUGCAAUUACAAAAUAAAAACUCAGCAACUGGUUCUUCCUUGACAAGUCAACAAGAGGAUAGUAAUAAAUCUUCGAUGGAUGAUGUAUAUUCCAAAGAAGUGGGUAGUGUCUCUAAAAUUUUAAGGGGAAUUCCUGGGAAUGACAAGUGUGCUGAGUGCAGUACUCCUGAACCAGACUGGGCAUCUUUAAACCUUGGUAUACUGCUGUGUAUUGAAUGCUCCGGAGUGCAUCGCAAUCUUGGUGUUCAUAUCUCAAAGGUGAGAUCUAUAACGUUAGAUGUGAAGGUUUGGGAACCUACCAUUUUGGAGUUAUUCAAUAAUUUAGGUAAUACUUUUUGUAAUUCUAUUUGGGAGGGCUUGCUUCUGCUUGGUGAUGAAAGAGUAGGUGAAUCAAAUGUGCCUUUGAAACCAUGUUCCACAGAUCCCUCCCAAUAUAAAGAAAAGUACAUCCAAGCAAAGUAUGCAGAGAAAUCACUAGUCAUCCGGGAAGAGGACAUACCCGAAAAACCUUCAGUUUCCACAAAAAUAUGGCAAGCAGUUCAGGCUAUAACUGUACGAGAAGUGUAUCGCCUUAUUGUAACAUCAACUUCAAAUCCUAUAAACACAAAAUUUGAAGAGGCGGUUUCCCAUGCAGAGACUGAAAAUCAUCAGCAUGAUCCUGAAGCCUGUCUGAGGAUUAAGGAGGCUAAUGAAACAGAGAGUUGUUUCCGCGGUUGGUCUUUAUUACACCUAGCAUGUCAUUCUGGCAGUACAUUAAUGGUUGAGCUGUUGCUCCAAUUCGGCGCUGAUAUAAACAUGCGUGAUUAUCAUGGAAGGACUCCCUUGCACCGUUGCAUUUCUAGUGGGAAAAAUUCAUUGGCUAAGUUUUUACUAAGAAGGGGCGCAAAACCAUCAAUUAAAGAUGCUGGUGGACAUACUGCACUUGAAAGAGCAAUGGAGUUGGGAGCAAUAACUGACGAAGAGCUAUUUAUCUUGCUUGUUGAAUGCUAG